AUGUCGACAAUCGAUAUUCCUAAGGAAAUGUGGGCGUUACUGGACGAUCAACCCUUGGUUCAAGCCCCAACAGUGAGUGCUCUAGAUGUAGAAGAUGUGGCAUCACUCCGAACUUUGAGUAUCCCACCUGGCAUGGACGUAGCGUGGUGA